ACUAAAAAUGUCAUUAGUGUAGCAUGAAACAUAAAUAUGAACUUUUGCUAAUCUUAUUUGUCAUUGGACGUAUAAAAUUAAAGAUUUUAACAAAACAAUAGCAUUACAAUAGGUUUCGACUUUCGAAUGAUCCUAAUAAAUAUUCAAAACAUCUAGUCACAACUGCAACUACUUGAAGUCGUGUUAAGAAUCUCUAAAAUGGAAACAAAUGACAGUGUAUAUGAUACAUCAAAUCUAUCAUUCGAGGGUGAUUUUGAUCAACAGGUUCAAGAAAUACUGCAAUAUGUAAGACUUACAAAGCAGGAAGUGGAAAAAUUGCAAAUAUUAUUGGACGAUUUACACACAGCUUUUAAUAAAGUUUGGAGAGGUUGCACAGUGAAUGGGUUUGGUUCAAUAGUCUCAGGGCUUGGGAUAAAAACAAGUGAUAUUGAUUGUUAUGUGCAGCUCCCAGGCUGGCUCAGUCCUCCAAAUGCAUCAUUUGUUAUGAAAGCUAAAAAUAUAUUGAGAAGACGUCAUUGGAUAUUCCAAAACUUGUGUGCAAUAACCAGUGCCAAAGUACCUAUUGUUAAGUUCUAUCAUGUUCCAACAGCAAGGUGCUGUGAUUUGAACUUCAGUAGCUCUGCUGGUGUGCGAAAUAGUCAGUUGAUUUCCUAUUUAUUAAACUUAGACAAGAGAAUAUUACCGUUGUCAAUUCUUAUAAAGUACUGGUCCAAGAUACAGAACCUGACUGGUGUUCAUUUAAUUCCGAGUUAUUGUCUGAUGCUGAUGGUAAUAUUUUACUUACAGCAAAAAAACAUUUUGCCCUCAAUAAUUAACUUGCAACUGAGUCAUGAUAAAUAUAUUAUUGAUAACUGGAAUACAGCAUUCAGUCGAAUUAAUCAUGUGAAUAAUAACAAAGAGACAUUAUAUGAAUUGCUCGGAGGAUUUUUUGAAUACUACAACACUUUUAAAUAUGCAAAAUAUAUUAUAUGCCCUUUCGUUGGUAAGCCAGUGGAAAGAGAUUGUUUCUUAAAACUUGAUACUGUCCCAGCAGAGUUUUCAAUUUAUAAAAUAAAUGUAGAAAAGGAUAGCCAAUGUAAGCCAAUAAGACUAGACACUCCUAUAUGUGUGCAAGACCCUUUCGAGCACAACAGAAACUGUGCUGUAGCUGUGCAUCCUAAAUUAGCACAAAAAAUUAUGACACAAUUUUGCAGAGGCGACGAUAUUUAUAAGUGCAACGAUGACCUAAGUUUUCUUAAGACAUUACUAAUAAGAACAGAUAAUUAUCCAGGCAUUAAAAAUAAAAAGAAACCUGCAAUAUCCAAUGGAAUCAAGAAACAAUACAAAAUCAAUCAGAACAUACGACAUAGUAUUAAAUAUAUUACACAAAAUAUAUUUGGUAAAUCUAAUAACAAACAUAAAGGAACAUCAGAUGUUUGAAGCGAAUCAAUUGUAAGCUAUACAUGCAGCUGUUUAUACCAAACAGUAUUUAUUAUCAUGAAUAUUCUU